AUGGCGACCGACAGCUCCAUCUCCAAGGCGAAGCUGCACGAGACAUUCGACGCAUUGCCGAACCUCAUUGAUGUGCUCAAGGACGUGCUGUCGGCCAGCUCCACCCAGGAGACCAUGAGAAUUGGAGACAUCUCGGCCUCGGCGGUGUCAGUGAAGCAGAAGUACACGGACGCACUGGAGCUAUUGCGCUCGCUGCCCGGCACCGACACCUCGCUAGAGGAGCAGGAAACAGCCAUAGCAGAUGCGAAAGUGGAGCUCAAGCGCAUAUCCGACGUCGUGGAGCUGUACAGCAACACGCUGUAUCGCGGAACGGACGAGCCACGUGCCGAGAUUAACGACGCCUUCUCCCGCAAGAGUCUUCUCAAGUGAUCGACAUGAACGACCUUGACAACCUCACCCAACGAAGUAAUAUAUGGAGACCUUGUUGGUCAUUUAAAAACACC